GGCCAGCCAUUGAUGAGUUAGAAAGAUGUACAAGGGGCAGCUGAAAAGUCCCAUCACCCUCCAUGUUUUCUAAUAAAUAUUCCCUCUCUUAUUGAUCUAUCUGAUCCCACCUAUUUGGCUCUACACUGGAUCAGAGUGCCCAAAAUCUAAUCCAGAGAGCUUGUUCGAUAAAGAUCAUUCAUUUGGGAUCCAUCAAUCUGGCGGCCCUAAUAUGAUUUGAAAUAUGGCGAAUUUCUCGACGAUAUUUAAGGCUAAACAUCCUCGUGGGACCCAAUCUCAUAAAACCGUGCCCUGGUCAAGGAAGAAAUGAAAGACUCCUAAUUUCUUCAAUAUGAUUUUCCAGAACAUGCUCUUGCGCUUUGUGGUUUCUCCUUGAUCAUCAAUUUUACUCACUUCUUUCUUCUGGAAGCAACGCCAUGGUCGUAGAGGCAGGUCUCUCGUCUCGUUAUCAGGGAAGGUUUCUUAUGAUUUCUCCUUUGGUUGCCGAUAAGUGUUCUUUCUAACCCCAUCAUAAUGGAGGAGCAUGAGAUACCCAAUGGAUGGCCGCUUGGGCUUGGGACUGUGAAUAGACUUAGAGUAGUGGAGAGCUUACCAGCUGCUGGAGUUGAGCCCCACUCUUCACACAUGCGAUCGGCCAGUUUCUCUUCAUUGUCAUCCUCCAACCUUGAUACUGAGUCCACAGCAUCCUUCUUUCAAGACCAUAGCGUGACGCUGGGGCGGCUAAUUGGACUUAGAACAGGUGAAAAAGGAGGCUUCUAUUUCCAAAACUCAAUCGGAGGUUUCGAAGAGCAGGAAAAGAUACGUAAAAGGGAUGCAAAAUCUAAGGUCUCCAGAGGACAAAGAGUGGAUAUGUCACAGGGAAUUUGCAUACCGCUGCUACUUGGUGCACUUGUAAAGAUGAGCCGAAGUAAGAGAAAGGCAAGGAAGUAAUGCUGACCGGCAAGGCAGCCAAUCACAUGUUUGUUUGUUUCUGACAUGAAAGGGGAAUAAACUUCCACGACAUGGAACGAUGCUGUUAUUGAUUUGUAUGUAAAAAUGAGAUCUCAGUGUAAUUUGACAAUAUUCAUAAUGAUUUGAGUUAAUGACUUAAGAGCAUAAAUUGUUU